UCAACACUACUAUAUAACAAAUAAUUUGAGAGGAUGUAUCGCAACCAGUACGACAAUGAUGUGACGGUUUGGUCGCCUCAGGGGCGUAUCCAUCAGAUAGAAUAUGCUAUGGAAGCUGUAAAACAAGGAGCAGCAACUCUCGGUAUCAAGGGCAAGAACCAUUCUGUUCUUGUGGCUUUGAAACGAGCUUCAUCAGAUCUUAGCUCCCAUCAGAAGAAAGUUAUUCCUAUUGAUGAUCAUGCUGGUAUAUCGAUAGCAGGAUUAACAUCAGAUGCCCGCAUCCUCAGCAGAUUCAUGAGAACAGAGUGUCUCAACCACCGCUACAUUUACGGGUCUCCACUCUCCGUGGCCAGGCUAGUGUCCAGUGUCGGAGACAAGGCUCAAACUGGCACCCAGGUAAUGGGACGACGACCCUACGGUGUGGGAUUGUUGGUAGCUGGGGUAGACGAGGCCGGACCACAUGUUUACUACAUUUGCCCUUCUUCUAACUUCUACGAAUGCAAGUGUAUGGCUAUUGGGGCCAGGUCACAGAGUGCCAGGACUUAUCUGGAGAGACAUAAAGAUGAAUUCGGAAAUGUUGAAGAUCUGGGAGAGCUGAUUGCGCACGCACUCCGCGCAUUAAGAGACUGUCUGCCUGCUGAUACUGAACUGACCACCAAGAAUGUUAGUGUGGGCUAUGUGGGACGAGAUGUGGAGUUCACCAUGAAGGAUGAUGACGAUGUGGAGGAAUACUUGAAGAUGAUUGAAGGAGACGAGAAGAAAGGAGGAGCAGCAUCAGCGGACCCCGAGCAAGGGGCAGAAGACACAAUGGAGACACAGUAGGGCCACUCCCUCACUCCUCUGCCCCUGGAACUAACCCCACCUACUAGGGGCACUGACGUGUCAACUUACGAAACUGUCAGACGAGUGACGUCAUAAGUGGUGUGAUAUUAUGCCGGCGUGUUUCAUCUUUGUCCGUUAGUGCCCCAAUAUAAGUGGGUAGUCUCCCCUUUCGCAUUUUCUCGAACGUUCUUCUUUUGUAAUAACUGAUAACGUUCGCAUUUAUCUGAACUUAAGAUAAUGAAUGGCCCAGUAUAUGGAUUAUUGGAUGUAAUACGAUCUUUGUUUCCUCGAGAGAAAUGUAGAUGAUGUAACUGUAAAAUUUGAGGAUUUGUUGAUCAAAUUAUGAAAUUUGUAAAGUAUUUGUAAUUUCGGGAAAACUGAA